GUGAUUAUUCACAGAAACACCCAUUUCCGUGUUUGGAUGCACAAGUGAAUUGAAUUGUAAAUGUUCAGUUCGAUCAGGAGAAGGCUAUUCAUAAGGCGGUAGUAGCCCUCGAGUUGCAGUUUUGUACUUGCCAAGUCCAACCUCAAAGUAACAUAUUUUCAAUUUGGAGUGAGGAUUGAAAAUUGGAUUCGGUGUUCCAUAUCAGUCACCACCGUAUCACCUCAUAUCGGGUCGUGUUGGGCCAAUACAGGCCAUCUUUUAUGGAUGAAAUGGGCCCACAGAAAGGAUGCAAAUUGCCCGUGGGAUUCGAUUGGGCCACAUGCUGCUAUCAGAAAUGGGGCCCACACCAAGCAUGUUCAAAAGUUGUUCGAUCUCAACCACACUCAACUGGGCUCCAUCUCUGACACCGGCAUGUGGCCCAAUUAAAUCCUGCCAUGUCGGCUCACCGGGCAAUCCGCUUCCCCACAUAAAGUUCAUAGGUUCUGGUUCCAGGCAAUGCUUUGACCCUUGAUUUGGAGCGCAGUCCCUUGAAUGAAUGCUGCUAGAAAUAUCAAUUUGGUCAUUUCCACUUUAUUGGAUUCAUCAUUGCAAUCCAACUGGAUCAUGCACCCAAAUGUGCCCCAUGCCCCCAUGAAUGCUUGCUUUGAUCUUCUACUGUAUAUAUUCCUUCCUAUUGGAAGAGGCCCUCUCUCUUUCUGUCCCUCCAAGUCCUGGUUGAAGUGAGACUUAUCAGAAGAAGAUGUCUCUAUAAGUGCAUGUUAGCAAUGCAUGCAAGGUAUCUGCUAUCUUGCAUCCAAAGUACCGCAAGACUUACAACCAUAGCUGCUGCUGCUGCUGCUUCUGCUUCUGCUUUCCGCGGAUCAGGAUCAGGACAAAUUCACCUCGUAGAUGUUUCUUCGUACAAUCAAGCAAUCGACAAGUUCAUAAAAUCUGGUUCCUUAAUUCCUGCCAUUCAAUUAUUCGAGGAUAUGCCUGACCGCGAUGUGAUCUCAUGGAACUUGAUAAUUGCUGGCCAUGCACGACACGGGUUACCAGAGCGAGCUCUUGAUCUCUUCAAGGAGAUGGUUUUUCAAGGAAUCAAAGAAAGCCCAUCGACGUUUUCCUCCAUUUUGGGUAUUUGCAGUGAUGCUGGAUUUUACCGAGAAGGGAAACAGAUUCACUGCAGGGUGACUGUUCUUGGUUUUGGUUUGAAUGUGUUCGUUGGUUCCGCACUCAUUGGUCUUUACAUGCAGGCAGGAUUUCCAGAUCUCGCAAUGAUGUUGUUUGAUGAAUUGCUAGAGAGGAACUUAGUGACAUGGAAUUUGGUUCUGCGUGGAUUCUGCGAGUUGGGUCUAUCAGAUGAGCUGUUAGAAUUUUUCUCUAGAAUGAAAUCAGACGGCAUCAAUGCCAAUUGCAUCACUUUCAGCUAUUUGAUACGCGGAUGCAGUAAUGGAGGAUUCUUGGAUCGAGGAAAGCAGGCACACUGCCACGUGAUCAAGCUCGGAUGGAUACCAGCAAAUCUAUUCAUUGCCAAUGGAUUGGUGGAUCUAUACUCAGCUUGCGGAUGCUUGGCCGAUGCAAAGAAAUCAUUUGAAUUUAUUCCCGUCGAGGACGUGAUUUCAUGGAAUUCGAUAGUCUCCAUUCAUGCAGAUCAUGGGCUUUUGCUUGAAGCUCUUAAAUUCUUUUAUGGAAUGCAAUUGUGGGGGAAGAAACCUUCUGUCCGCGCAUUCAAUGGGUUUUUGAAUGCAUCGAGCAGGAGCCAAAACCUUGUGUUUGGAGAACAGAUUCAUGGGUCUGUUCUAAAAUUGGGUUUGGAUCGCAGCAGCCUCCAUGUUCAAUCUGCAUUGAUUGAUAUGUAUGGAAAGUGCAGUGAGAUUCAGAGUUCAGUUUCAGUGUUCGACGAAAUGCCAGAGAAGAAUUUAGAGUGUUGCAAUUCACUGAUCACUUCAUUCUUACAUUGUGGCAUCAUAGACGAUGCGGUUGAGAUGUUUGGAUUGAUGAUGGAUGAGUGUGUGAGGCCUGAUCAUGUGACUUUCUCUGCGACACUAAAAGCAUCAUCCUUGUCGUUCUCUGGGGGUCCAACGACAUGUCAAUUGCUCCAAUGUUGCGUGAUCAAAUCAGGUUUCGAAUCCGAUAUUGCAGUGUCCUGUUCUCUGAUUGACGCAUAUUCAAGAUGCAGUGACAUAGAACGGUCCCGCCAGAUUUUUGAAUGGAUUCCAAAACCAAAUGUCAUUUGCUACACGGCAAUAAUCUCAGGAUUUGCCCGAAAGGGGAUGGGAAUAGAAGGGCUACAAAUGCUCAAGUCGAUGGUUCAAGAGGGUCUGGAACCAGAUGCAGUUACGUUCUUGUCUGUCUUAUCAGGGUGCGACCAUUCGGGGUUAGUGGAAGAAGGGCAAUCAGUGUUCAAAUCGAUGAAAGACAUUCAUGGGGUCCACCCAGAUCGACGGCAUUAUUCAUGCAUGGUCAACCUUCUUGGCCGAGCAGGAUUGCUAGAAGAAGCGAAAGAAAUGCUGAGAGUUGCACCAGUUGAAGGCAAUUCAGUAAUGUGGAGCUCACUGUUGCAGAGUUGUAUAGUGCAUGGGAAUGAAAAGAUGGGGGCCGAAGCAGUGAACGCAUUGAUGGAGCUGGAACCAGAAGAUCCUGCAACUUAUUUGCAGGUUUCGAAUUUUUAUAAUGCGAUUGGGGAUUCGGAAAGAUCGAAAGAAAUUAGAGAGAAAAUGGUGAUGAAGAAGAUGAGGAAGGAGAUUGGGUACAGUUUGAUUGAGGUGAUCGAUUGUCCUGAUCUUGAAAUGCAAGUACAGCAAUGGAUUGAACCAUCUUCCUGAUAGUCUAUCUGUCCAUAACUAAUGUUUUGAAGCUUGGACCAAGCAUCAACCUGUAUUACCGGUGUCCGACCAGUUUGGACGUUACUUGUGCAGCUGAAUGCAUGUGGCACAGUUGGGUGUAUGCAACUCAGGGAAUGGGCCGUAUCUUCGUUUUUUAAGGUGGAAAAGUUCUAAACCCUGGACUGAACAUCGACCCGUUUUGGUCCAUGGUUUGGUCUAAACGGGUGCAACCAGUGUCCGAACAGUUGGACAGACUGGUGCAACUGAAUGCAUGUGCAUUGGUUUGAGGUA